GUGGCAUCCAGAGAGCCAUCAUUAAUGCAGUUCUAUGUAUCAAAGCAGUGGGUCAACAAGUUCAACACUUUUGCCGAGCCAGGACCCAUUGACAAUUCUGAUUUUCUUUGUCCUCAUGGUGGGGUGCAGCCACAGAAGGCCAGUUAUGUGGAGGAUCUGGUGAUGUUGCUGUACCAAGGUGUGUGGGAAUAUCUGCAUCAGGUGUUUGGUGGUGGGCCAGCCUGCACUCGCCUGUAUGAGUGUGUGACAUGCAGGGCAGAGCUGGAGGCACUGCUUCACCGUCAGAGCAGUGAACUGGAUAUGUUCAUCCGCCUGCACAAGAUGUUCCAGGAUGAGGAGCACCCAAGCAUUGUAUAUGCCAUUUCCAUGCGCUGGUUCCGCCAGUGGGAGAGCUUUGUGCGAGGGCGUGAGCAGGAGCCACCAGGGCCUAUUGAUAACUCAUCCAUCUGUACCAGCAAGAUUGGCCAGCCCAUGCUGAAAGCAGGCUCUGAUUAUGCCCAGAUUUCUGAGGAGAUGUGGUACUUCUUCUAUGAGAUAUAUGGUGGUGGUCCUGAAUUGUUUGUCCGUUAUGGUAGCCCUCCAGGAGCAGCCCGCAGGCAGGAGCGCCUCGAUGGAACACGGCAGGAGGGAGUCAAGUCAGAGCAACUGCAGACAAGUGCACGCUCUCUCAGCACCGAAAACCUCCCCUACAAGAGCAAUCAGGGCACAGCACAGGGCACGGCACAGAGCUUGGCCAACCGGCAGAGAACUGUCUCAGCAAGUGAACGAAUAUCACACUCGCAGGCCGGGAAACGAGAGAAGGGGCCACGCGCACAUGUUCUUGAGCAGUUGGUGCAGAUGGUACCGACACAUUCAACCAAGCCCUCAGGGAGUGAGCAGGACAGCCAGAGCCCCGAGGGACAGCCCUGCAUUUCCCAGCCAAUGGAGGAGGAUGAGGAGGAGGAGGAGGAGGAGGAGGCAGAGACAGUGACACCAGAGGCAAAUGCAACCAUGCACAUACCGCCACCACCAAGAAGCCAGGACGAAGUCAGUACAAACCCAGCAACAGCUCCACUCCUCCCCGACGAGACCAAGGGCGAGACAAAGAAGAGCCAGGUGCAUGAGAAUAGCCAGGAGUAGAGAGGAACAGAGUUCACACAAGAGAGAGAACUCCAACCUUUGAUCAUUCCUUGUGUUAUGUAAUUCCAUGAAUUAUGAACAGAAAUCAAUGUAUUGGAAUGUAGAUAUAUAUAUGUAUAUAUAUAUAUUGAAAAGCUUUUUUCUUUCUAUGUUUUCUUGAUUAAGAAAGAGGGAUUUGGUUUAAUAAAAACACAUUUCUCUUAUCCUUGGAGUAAUUUCUUUUCAAGACUGAUAAAGACAUUUUUUCCCAAGGAGAUCAUCUUAAAAUGAAAAGGUUGUACAUAAACAUAUUUAAGAUCUGUAAUUACUCAAUCUAAGAUUUCCUUGAGGCAUAACUGUGAUUUGUUGUUUUUUGAAAUGUAAAUUAUGAAGAUUAUGGGAUGAAAUUCCUAUUUUGCUUUGGAAAUGUCUGUUAACCCAGUAAAUUUUCAGAAAAGUCUGGCAAGAACUGUUCAUGUUAGUGUGCGCUGCUGUACACCUGGGCAAUUGCUCAAGCUACGGGAGAUGCACGAGUUCCCAGCAAUAGGGGCACAGACUUAUGAUGUGAUGAAGCUUCACCUAGCGUCUGUGAUUUUUCACCUUGGAUGUGAUUGCAUGUCAGCAGUUACUAAUGGGUUAAGUUAUUGGAAAAGUGUGUUAAAUUUUUUUUUUUUUUUCUUCUUCUUCUUAUCCCAUCAUCUUCAAGUCAUAUAUUUUAUAUACUGUGUUACUGUGUUGAUAUCU